AUGCGUUGGCCACUCUUCUUGUGCCUGGCAUGCUUGCUUUCACCUACAAUUUGUGCUUCAGACUCAGAUGACCAAACGGAAAAUCCUGAUGUGGUAGUGGUGACAGUGGGUACAGAGGAUACCCAUGGGUUGCAGAGAUUUGAAAGAUCAGCACGUAUCUACGGCCUUCAUGUGGAAGUACUAGGAAGAGGGACGGCAUGGCGUGGAGGUGAUAUGAAGAGACCCGGUGGGGGUCACAAAGUCAACUUACUGCGGGAUUGGAUCAACCAGGCCUAUGAUAACCUGGAUAGUGACACCCUAGUAAUCUUCACUGACAGUUACGACGUGAUACUUCUUGGUGGCGCUGACGAGUUAAGGGAACGGUUUCUUGCGGCACGUCACAGGAUUAUAUUCGCCGCGGAACCAUUCUGUUGGCCCGACGCCGGCCUCGCAGCUCGCUACCCCCCACCGGACACUUCAACGCCCAGCCCUUACUUAAACUCUGGCGGGUUUAUCGGACGUCUUGAAGAUUUAAGGCGGUUGAUUCGAGCUGCGGAUAUAGACGACAAUGCGGAUGACCAGUUACAUUACACACGACUCUAUUUGGAUCCUAAAGUUCGAGCUGAUUUGGACAUCGUGUUAGACCAUAAUGCUACAAUAUUCCAGACGCUUAAUGGCGCUCUAUCGGACGUAAAGCUCCACAGUUCGGACGAAGGUUGGGCCUGGCUAGAAAACGUUGUGAGUGGUACUCGACCGUUGAUUUUACACGGCAAUGGGCCCGCUAAGCUGGAAUUGAAUGCCUUGAGCAAUUACUUACCACGUGUAAGAACACCAGACAGGUGCCACAUCUGUGAAGAGUUGAAAAAGCCCCUAAAAGAUGAACCACGAGUGCUUUUGGCGGUAUUCAUUGAGCAGCCGACGCCAUUUUUGGACGAAUUUCUGCAGAGUAUACAGGAUAUUGACUAUCCUAAGGACAAAUUGGAGCUACUUGUACGAAACAACGUGGAAUACCAUGAAACGACAGUGGAUGCUUGGUUUUCGCGGGUAUCUGGCCAAUACGCGAGCAGAAAGCGGCUCCGGCCGGCCGAUCAGUUGCCGGAACAUACGGCCCGGAUGAUAGUACUCGAACGUGCGACUGCCGGAGCCAGUUCCUAUGUGUUUAGCGUGGAUUCUGUCGCACGAGUUACCCCUAAUACGUUGAGGAGCUUGUUGGAAAGUGGCGUUGAUGUGGUGGCCCCGUUUUUGUCCCGCCCCGGCGAAGCUUGGUCCAACUUUUGGGGUGCGUUGUCCCCGGAUGGGUACUACGCGCGAGCGCAUGAUUAUAUGGACAUCGUUAGUGGUAAACUAAGCUUCCGCGUCUGGCUGCAGGCUCCGCCCACCGCACUCGCGUGUCGUUAUACGUAG